ACGAAUAUAUGUUACACCCCAAAAUAUUGAACACCAUGUGUGCGUGUGUGUACAUGUACUUCAUUUUGCAUUAAUUCUUGCUGAAGUACUUGCUGUAUUUCCAGAGCAAUGAUCACAUUGCUUCUCGCAGUCGCACAUGCCAAUACUUCAGUGCUAAAAGGCAGGGCAAAUGUAAACGAACAAAGCUAGCUUUGCGCGAUCGCAUCAAACGUCUUCUUGUCUGUUACUGAUAAUUGGCUGAAGUGAUAAGCAGUCCGUAGUCCCCCAUUUCCCUGCUUCAGCUUGUGGCAGGCCAGUAGUAAAUACAUCCAAUGUGUAUAUGCACGCGACGCAUGCAUGCAGAAUGAUUGUGUUCUUUGCUAAUGCGCUGCUGAAAAAGAUCAAGCGGUUGUAAUUAAAGUGUGUGUUGGCUGACAUAAAGCAAUGUCCUCGAGACAGUUCCUGAAACCCCUUGGCUAUCACAAGACAGACUUUCUCCGCCGAUCGAACGGCUUGCCCUGUGCUAAUGGGGACCCUGAACUUCAUCUCUCGCCUCGGCAGCAGCCGUGUAACGACAGGACCCCAGGCAGUAGUCGGCCCGACUGUGUCAAGAACAAAACGUCUACCAUGUCGAACCUGGUGCGCGAUCAGCUGGGCCAGCGAGGAACUGGCGACGUGGUCUGUGCUGGUCUUGUGCGUGGCCUUGAUCACAUCAGAAAUCCACAAUUGAACAAGGUAGGCUACCUGUACGCUUAUCGCUCGCAAUCUUUAGAAUCUGAUGUCACUUACAUUAAUACGUGCGAUAAUAAAUGACUUCCAAUCGAAGACGUUCAGAAGCUUCAAUUGUGAUACGUGAACAUGACGCGUGAAGUGUGAUAAAUGUAAAUGAUGAGAUACUUCAACAUAGAUCAACAGCUGAAAGCAGAUUUAGCAAUAGAUUUCUUACAAUUGGGAAGAAAUGAUGUUCGUUUAGGAAGAAACGAUUUAUUUUUGGCAAAUUAGAAUAUCCUCGAUAUUUUUGUUACCGUUGAAAGCAGAUGUAGUCAUUUCCAUUGUCUGUGUAGGAGAAUAUGCGUCGUCACUAUUAGGCCUGUCGUAAAGUAUUGAUUUACUUACGACCGAUCGCAUAGAACGAAACGAUCCCAAGAAAAGUACUCGCCAGAUUUUAUCAGUUUCAUUCCAAAACAUAUGAUGAAAAAAUGUAUAGAUAAACCAAGAUUUUUAACAUCUUCAUUGUUACCUAAAA